AUGAAGUUCUUCCUCCUUCUUCUCAUCUCUACCCUUGCGGCGGCGGCCCUUCCCAGCAGCUUCAAAUGGAGCUCCAGCGGGCCUCUGGUCGACCCUAAGAACGAUGGCCGCAACAUCGCAGCUAUCAAAGAUCCCUCCAUCGUCGAAGUGGACGGGACGUAUCACGUCUUCGCCAGCACGGCCGUGAAAUCCGGCUACAACCUCGUCUACUUCAACUUCAAGGACUUCAGCCAGGCCAACAAGGCCACUUUCCACUAUCUUGACCAGACCCCGAUUGGCUCAGGCUAUCGCGCCGCGCCGCAGGUCUUCUUCUUCAAGCCACACAACCUCUGGUACCUGGUCUUCCAGAACGGCAACGCAGCUUAUUCGACUAAUCCGAACAUUGCCAACCCAGCCGGAUGGAGCAAACCAAAGAAUUUCUUCAGCAGCAUGCCCAGCAUCAUCGCCCAGAAUAAGGGCAACGGCAACUGGGUCGAUAUGUGGACUAUCUGCGAUUCAAGCAACUGCUACCUGUUUUCCUCAGACGACAACGGCCAUCUGUACCGCUCGCAGACCUCCCUGGCCAACUUCCCCAACGGCAUGGGCAAUACAGUGAUUGCCAUGUCCGACUCCAACAAGAACGCUCUGUUCGAGGCGUCAAACGUCUACCACACUGGGAACGGGGAGUAUCUUCUCCUCGUGGAGGCGAUUGGCAGCGAUGGACAGCGGUACUUCCGCUCCUGGACUGCCAACAGUCUGGCAGGAUCGUGGAAGGGCCUCGCCAACACCGAGUCUAAUCCCUUUGCGCGCUCGAACAACGUUGCCUUUAGCGGCACGCCAUGGACAAAGAGUAUCAGUCACGGGGAAGUAAUUCGCACCCAGACUGAUCAGACUAUGACGAUCAGUCCUUGCAAGCUGCGGUAUCUGUAUCAGGGAUUGAGCCCGUCGGCAAGCGGAGAUUACAACUUGCUUCCUUGGAAGCUUGGUCUCCUCACGCAGACCAACUCUAAUUGCUGA